UAAAGCGUGAUGAAGUUGUAGAGAAAGCUUAAAGCGGAGCAAGAUUAAAUGGGAAAUAAACAAAUAAACAAAAGGAGAAAGCGACACAAAGAAGAAAAAGAAGAAGAAGAAGACAAAAAAAGAGAAAGUUCCUGGAAUUUAUUUACGUCUAGUUAGAGAAUAAAAAUAUGGACUUCAGAUGCACUGGAUGUUUCACUUCUUAUUGCAUACACAACGAAGUUACCUGGAUAUUUCUGCUUUUUUGUGGAUUUGAUCGUUUACGCUAAUAGUUUUUUUUCUUUCUGAAUAUAACUAUAACUAAAGCUGACUGCAGCACUGCUCAGGUUCUUCUGCUACACACACACACACACACACACGAGUUAAAACUCAGCUGUCCGUGCAUGGGAAUGUGUCAGCUCUCUAAUCAUGAGAGCUCAGAGGCAUGGAGAGGGAGACUGCUUCACACUAAAGGCACAGAAACAACCGGAGAGUCAAACAGGAUGCUGUUCGGGAAGCUGAAGUGAUUGAUAAGCCUGCAAUCUGAUCACCUGAAGGGGAAAAUGUGGAGCUGUCGUGUGUUAAAGGUCUUGUCUGUUUUGUCUUUUGUGGUUGUGAAGGGAGCAGCUGAUCUCACCUGUGAUGCUGUGCUACUGCUGGCACCUGGAAACCACACAUUGUACCAUCUGGAUGCUGCUAAUCACUCUGACACUAAUAACUCGGGUGUGUUUUGUAGAACAGUUAUCGAUGGCAUCGGCACCUGCUGGCCGCGCAGCGGGGCCGGGGAGAUGGUGUCGCGUCCGUGUCCGGAGUUCCUCUAUGGAGUCAGAUACAACACCACCAAUAAAAUCUUCCGGAAAUGUCUGGCCAAUGGGACCUGGGCGUCCAAAAGCAACUACUCCCAGUGCAAAGCUAUUCUCAAUAUACAGAGAAAAAGCAGGCUGCAUUAUCGAAUCGCCGUCAUCAUCAACUACCUGGGACACUGCCUGUCACUGUUUACACUCCUCAUCGCCUUCGUAAUCUUCUUACGACUGAGGAGUAUCCGCUGUCUAAGGAACAUCAUCCACUGGAAUCUAAUCUCUGCCUUUAUCUUGAGAAAUGCGACCUGGUUCAUCGUUCAGCUCACCAUGAAUCCUGAAGUACACGAGAGCAAUGUGCCAUGGUGCCGUUUAGUGACAACGGCAUAUAACUACUUCCACAUGGCCAACUUUUUCUGGAUGUUUGGUGAGGGCUGUUACCUUCACACGGCCAUCGUGCUCACCUACUCCACUGACAAGCUCAAGAAAUGGAUGUUUAUCUGCAUCGGGUGGUGCAUUCCCUUCCCGAUUAUUGUCUCCUGGGCCGUCGGGAAGCUGUACUACGACAAUGAGAAGUGCUGGUUUGGGAAGAGAGCAGGCAUAUACACAGACUACAUUUACCAGGGCCCUAUGAUACUUGUGCUUCUGAUCAAUUUCGUGUUCCUCUUCAACAUAGUAAGGAUCCUCAUGACCAAACUCCGAGCCUCCACCACAUCCGAAACCAUCCAGUACAGGAAAGCGGUGAAGGCCACGCUCGUGUUACUGCCUCUGCUCGGGAUCACUUACAUGCUGUUCUUCGUGAAUCCGGGAGAGGAUGAGAUCUCGCAGAUCGUCUUCAUUUACUUCAAUUCCUUUCUGCAGUCCUUUCAGGGCUUCUUUGUGUCAGUGUUCUACUGUUUUCUGAACAGUGAGGUUCGGUCAGCCAUUCGGAAACGCUGGCACCGCUGGCAGGACCACCAUUCCAUCCGCGCACGAGUUGCGAGAGCGAUGUCACUUCCCACCUCACCUUCACGCAUCAGCUUUCACAGCAUCAAACAGUCCACCUCUGUCUGAUACAGGGAUUUAAUAAUAAUAAUUUUUUUAAAAAACAAUCAAGAAAGAAAGAGGCAGGCACUCUAUAAGUGACAAUUUUCUCUGCCCUGGCCGCGUCUAGACACACGAUGGGGAGGAAAUGCUGAGUGAAGAACCGAAAAAGUACUACAUGAAAUGAUAAUGUGAAUGACGGAUACGAUGGACUAAAAUGGAUCAUUCCGUGUUACUGGAGCAUUGCAAAGAGACUGUGUGUAAAUGAUCAUUUUUUAUUUAUAUUUAACAAAUAGUCAGCUAUUACAGGUACAAGCAUCUCCAUGAACAUGAUUAUAGUAAACAAUCUCAACUGGUUUACUUUCAAAGCUAUACCGAAGUUAUACUGACUGACUUAUAGUAGCUUCCAAAAUCAGCAAAAUGUAUAGAUGCAUUAGUUUCCAACAUUCGCUAGCUGUACAGAAGAAUUAGCUUCUGUCACCAAUUAUUUAGAAGUAGAAGAAUGAGCUUCCAACGUUGGCUAGUUGUUCAUGCUAGUUGUGGAUGCGCUUGUCUGGCUGGUUGGCUUUGUUUUGUCAAAACUUUUGCUUGGUAACUUUCGGCGAUUGUACAUCAUCUUUUCCAGCUUUUUAUUAUUUCUUCAUUGAGCAAUAGCUAGUUCACAGCUAGCCGGCUAGCUUUUAUUGUUUAAGAUGUUGGUGAAACCCAGAUUACAUUUUUUG